ACUCCAGCAUCCCCUUAAUACGUAGACAUACUAAAUAUUAAAAAAGAUUUUCACAAAUCUAGUUCGUUUGAGGGCGCCACCUUCCAAACUUGAAAACUCGGAAUUAGCAUUCGCGACUAUGUUCGCAAGAAGAAGCGGGGUAUUACUCAUGUUGACAUCGAGAAAGUUAAAGAGCAACGAUCAAGAAGAGUACGUGUAAUUUGAGAACGUUAAGUCCUUUAAAUUAGUCCAUCCAAUUAUGAUGACCAUGGAGUUGCUGCUCGCGGUGCAAAUAAAUUCCGAAAUGACGAUGCCGAUCACAUUGAGCAGCGUAAAUUUGAAAACGAAAAUAGAGGAAUUAAAGCGAGAAGCUGCCGAGAGGUGGAACUUGCCAAAGGAUUCGCUGGAAUUUAUUUACUGCGGACUCAUACUGGAGGAUGACGCAACAGUGGAAUCCACUGGCCUGAAGAACGGGUCAAUGAUACACGCACUAAAAAAGAAGGAGCCAGAACUAUCAGCUUUAAAUAAAUUUAUCUCAGAGGACUCCAUUUUACAGCUUACAUCGGCAUUUAGGUCUUUCAAUGAGACUCCAGCGUUUAGAAGUGCUUUGCAUCGUUUGAGCAAACGGCCAGAAGUGAUAGACAAUAUUAUUUCCUCCUCCCCCGGAUUAUACGAGGAUUCCGUCGCCAUUGCUAUGUUACUGGAUGCCGAUUUAAUGGCACACUUUACGAACGUUGAUACUGUGAGAAGGAUUGCAACGCUGCAUCCGACGUUGAUCGAAGCAGCGCAGAAUAUCGCGGCUGCCGUGCACGAGGAGGCACACAACGUGGCGUCGAGCGGCUCCUCCAGCGGUAGUUCGGUGGCCAGCUCGCAGCCCGCCAGCGCGCGUUCCUACAGCGUCGACAACAUGACCCUCGAGGAGGAAAUGGCGCGCGAUAUCGCUCACUUUUUCGCCACGCAAUCCAAUAACGAUAACAAUAGCCUACGUUUUCCGAGCGUCCAGCCGGUCGCGAAUUCGCAAGCGUCGCAACGGCCACCGGACAAUCCGCACUCAUCUUCCGCGUCCGGUGGCGCUAACCAGUCCGCCGUGUCUGCCAAUCAGAGCCAGAGUACCGGCGUUAUCACUCCUCAGAUGUUCAUGGAAGCGAUGAGACAAGCUGCGCUGGCGACCAACGUGAAUCCGGUACAGCAGGCGUCUCCCGCGGCUUCGUUGUCGCCGAUAUUGCCGACGUUCUCGCCGCCGGUCACCGAUCUCCAGCGGCAGCUGGCGCAGAUGCACGAGAUGGGUCUCCAGGACGACACGGUGAACAUUCAGGCGCUGCAGUUCACCAACGGGGACGUGCAGGCAGCGAUCGAACUUGUGUUCAGUGGUUUCGGUGAUAACUAAUGGACGUGAAUAACGAUGGGACGAGGGGUAGUUCUCGUAAGUGAUCAGAAUUACGUCUCGGAAUCUUUAGGAUUCGGUUUGGAUGUCCCCACGACAUUCUGUGUUCCUGAGGCAGAUGUAUGUAAAAUAUGAGAAUGUGUUCAAGCCGCUCGUGAAAUUGUUCUGUUCGUUUGUAAAGCAAUUUUAUCUUUUAUAUGAGUUUUGUGCAAUAUAUGGUGUAAAUAUGGUGUAACGACUCGCCGCUAUUGUCGCCCAACAAUGUGACGGGGUCUAUCUGUAAAAAGAACUUUUUCAUCUUUCAAGAAACCGUUCAGAGACUCUUAUUCGAAUUUUUCAGACCAGGUGUAUUUGCGCGGAAGAAUGAUGAGAAAGUAGGAUAGUGAGAAAGAUAAGUAUUAUACAUCGAGAAAAUUAUUUAAUAAAAUUGUAUAAAUUGCUUAA